UUUUUACUUUCACUGCACUCAAAUUUGCACGUACGUGUGCAGCACAGGCAUUUGAAGAAAAAAACAGAGAAAAGGGAAGUCGUUUUCACUUUCAGAACGUAUAGACCUACCACCACCGGUAAUAUGUCAAUCUUAAGAACUUCAAUGAAUUUGAGCUGCGGACUCAACCGACUAGGUGCUGGUGCCUGCAGGUUGAACACGGUCAUGACAGUUCCAGUACGGAGUAUCAAGAUCGGCCCUAAAGGAACGUAUGUAUCCAAGCUGAUACCUACAAUGGUCAAGUUGGAGGCAGGGAAGAAAUAUUCCUGGUGCAAAUGUGGACUCAGCAAGAAACAGCCAUUCUGUGAUGGAGCCCACAAACCUACCGAGUUUAAGCCGGUUCGCUUUGAGGUGGAGAAGAGCAAAUCUUACUUGAUGUGUCGAUGCAAGCAAACAAGCAAUCAGCCCUUCUGCGACUUUACUCACGUCAAGGUUAUGGUUCAAGCAUUUACGGGACAGUUGAAGGACAAACCAUUAUCAUAGAAAUGGGAUUUCUUAGACGUCUCCAAGACUCCAAGACUCCAAGGUGAUGCACUAGUGCCUUUUGGUAAGGCAUUAAUCCUCCUUAUACCAAGUCCCUCGGAGAGGACUUUAAGCAGUCUGUCUCCUGAUUGCUUAGCAGUCAGGUAAAAUCAAAUGAACAAAAACAAACUGUAUCUUGAUAUCAAGAGGAAUGAUUCAGAACAUCUCUAUUGUAGUACAUCAUUUGAAAUAAUAAAUC